CAGUGCCGGAUUCCAGUCCUGGUUUUGGGUCUUGCCCAUGCCAAUCCAGUAGCAGAGGAGCUGGGAGACAAUCAGAUGGGUGGAGGUGGAGCUUAGAGGAUGGGAGGCAGAGCUCAAGUCUUCCCCAAAUACAGUUCAAUGACCAGCAGCCUGUGCGAGGGACAAUUGCUCUUCUUUCCUGCUGGGAAUCAGUGGAAGGCACAGUGGAGUUGGUUGAAACAUUGUCAGACUCUCUCCAGGGGAAGCACAGACCUAGAGGGACUUGAUCUCCUCUCAACACCCCAGCUGUAAGGUCUCUUCACACUGAUCCGGAGUCAUUGUGGAUUGUUGGCUUUUGGAGAAAAAAAAUAAAAGAGGAUUGAUUCUGUAUUCUAAUUUCUCUCUGGCUGCUUUGUAAAGUGCAGCAUUGCGAUACAAAGUGUUCCAUGUGCAGUAAUGACCCAGGAUUGCACAGGAGAGAUUGCUGGAUUCCAUUUCCCAGAGAGAUCCCUCUCAGUGGAUUACUAAUGGGACACUCCAUGAGCUAGCCUUGCUUCUCCGCUCCCUCUGCAUGAUCCCAAGGGUGAAGUGAAAAGUAAAGUCUUUGAGCUGAUCUACUAUGAGGUCAGAAGCUUUGCUGCUGUAUUGCAUGAUACUCCCUUUUGCUACAGCCGGAUUUCCUGAAGAUUCUGAGCCGAUCAGUAUAUCGCAUGGCAACUACACUAAACAGUAUCCGGUAUUUGUGGGACACAAACCAGGACGAAACAGCACACAAAGACACAAGAUGGACAUCCAGCAGAUCGUAAUAAUGAAUCGGACUCUGUACAUAGCUGCUAGAGAUCACAUCUACACGAUUGAUCUAGAUACGUUACACACAGAAGAAAUCUAUUUCAGCAAAAAAUUGACUUGGAAAUCCAAACAGCCCGACGUAGACACCUGCAGAAUGAAGGGGAAGCAUAAGGACGAGUGUCAUAACUUUAUUAAAGUCCUACUGAAGAGAGACGAGGAGACACUGUUUGUCUGUGGAACAAAUGCUUUCAAUCCUUCAUGCAGAAACUAUAAGAUGGAUACACUUGAGUUUCUGGAUGAAGAGAUUAGUGGGAUGGCAAGAUGCCCAUAUGAUGCAAAGCAUGCCAAUGUUGCACUAUUUGCAGAAGGGAAGCUGUAUUCUGCUACUGUGACCGACUUUCUUGCAAUCGAUGCUGUCAUUUAUCGCAGCUUGGGAGACAGCCCAACCCUGCGGACUGUGAAAUACGACUCCAAAUGGUUGAAAGAGCCAUACUUUGUACAUGCGGUGGAUUACGGGGAUCUUAUUUACUUCUUUUAUCGGGAAAUUGCAGUAGAAUACAAUAGCAUGGGGAAGGUGGUGUUUCCUAGAGUUGCCCAGGUCUGCAAGAAUGACAUGGGGGGCUCUCAGAGGGUGCUUGAGAAACAGUGGACUUCAUUCCUCAAAGCCCGAUUGAAUUGCUCGGUUCCUGGUGAUUCACAUUUUUACUUUAACAUACUGCAAGCAGUUACAGAUGUGAUCCACAUUAAUGGCCGGGAUGUUGUUCUUGCUACAUUCUCAACCCCAUACAACAGCAUCCCAGGCUCUGCAGUCUGCGCUUAUGACAUGGCUGACAUUGCCAGUGUUUUUACUGGGAGAUUCAAGGAGCAGAAGUCCCCGGACUCUACGUGGACCCCUGUUCCCGACGAGAGAGUACCCAAGCCCAGGCCUGGCUGCUGUGCUGGAUCUGCAACAGUGGAAAAAUAUGCAGCUUCCAAUGACCUUCCAGAUGAUACUCUUAAUUUUAUUAAAACACAUCCCCUCAUGGAUGAAGCUGUACCCUCUAUAGUAAACAGACCAUUAUUUCUCAGAACCAUGGUAAGGUAUCGCCUAACCAAAAUUGCAGUUGACACAGCUGCUGGCCCAUACCACAAUCACACUGUGGUUUUUCUUGGAUCCGAGAAAGGAAUCAUUCUCAAGUUUCUGGCAAGAACGGGAUACAGCGGUUUCCUAAGUGAUAGUCUCUUUUUGGAAGAAAUUAAUGUUUACAAUCCUGAAAAGUGCAGCUAUGAUGGCUCAGAUGACAAGAGGAUAAUUGGCAUGCAGCUUGACAAGCAGAGCAACUCACUGUACGUGGCUUUCUCCACCUGUGUCAUCUGGGUUCCCCUAGCAAGAUGUGAUCGACACAUGAAGUGUAAAAAGACUUGCAUUGCUUCCAGAGACCCAUACUGCGUUUGGGUACGAGAAGCGGGGACAUGUUCACAGCUGCCACCUGGUGCUAAAGUACCAUUUGAGCAAGACGUAGAGCAUGGCAAUACAGACGGCCUAGGAGACUGCCAAAAUUCUUUUGUGGCAUUGAAUGAAUUUCCAACUUCUCCUCCAGAUAAGGAGUCAUAUUUCAACACAGUGUAUGAUCCCAGCACCACUUCCCACUCCAGAGGCCACGAGGGUUAUGAUAGGGAACGUAUCACGGAUUGGAUGGAUCCUUAUGACUCUUCUGAGAACACAGACCCACACGUGGCAGACUCAUUCCAUAAUCAACAAGAGAAAAAGGGAGUUAUUCGUGAAAGUUACCUCAAAGGUCACGAUCAGCUUGUUCCAGUUACUCUUUUGGCCAUUGCUGUUAUUCUAGCCUUUGUGAUGGGUGCUGUCUUCUCUGGAAUAAUUGUGUAUUGUAUCUGUGACCAUCGGCGAAGAGAUGUGGAUAUAGUACAGAGGAAGGACAAAGAUCUUAAUCAUUCACGUAGAGGCUCUAUGGCAAGUGUUACAAAGCUAAGUGGACUCUUCAGCGACAGUCAGAGCAAGGACCCUAAGCCAGAGGCUAUUCUUACACCAUUGAUGCAUAAUGGGAAACUGUCCACUCCAGGAACAACUGCUAAAAUGUUAAUCAAAGCUGAACAGCAUCACCUUGACCUUGCAGCAUUACCAACACCUGAGUCCACGCCAACACUGCAACAGAAGAGGAAGCCAAGCCGGGGCAGUCGAGACUGGGAACGGAAUCAAAACAUCAUCAAUGCUUGUACAAAAGAUAUGCCUCCAAUGGGAUCACCAGUCAUACCAACUGACUUGCCUCUCAGAGCAUCACCCAGCCACAUCCCUAGUGUUGUGGUCCUUCCAAUUACCCAACAGGGGUAUCAACAUGACUAUGUAGACCAGCCAAAACUAACUGAGGUGGCACAAAUAUCUAUUGAAAACCAGAGUUCUACUCUAGAGUACAAAGCAAUCAAAGAACAUCUAAGCAGUAAAAGUCCAAACCAUGGCAUGAAUUUAGUGGAAAAUCUAGAUAUCAUUCCACCGAAAGUGCCCCAAAGAGAGGCAUCAUUAGGACCUCCAAGUUCCUCAAUGUCUCAGAAUGGAAUGGGGAAACGCAUAGACAUGCACUCCUCUGCUUACAAUGUGGAUUACAAGAGAAACUACCCUACAAACUCGCUAACAAGAACUCACCAGACAUCGACUCUCAAACGAAACAAUACCAAUUCAUCAAAUUCUUCUCACCUCUCCAGACAUCAGAGUUUUGGUAGAGGGGACAACCCUCCUCCUGCUCCACAAAGAGUAGACUCUAUACAUUUCAAUGCUGCUCAAGGGCAGACAGUGACUCUAACGAGGCAGCCUGGCAUGAAUGCCUAUAACUCUCUACCCAGAUCAGGUGUGAAACGUACUCCUUCUUUAAAGCCAGAUGUACCACCCAAACCUACCUUUGCACCACAUUCAUCAUCCAUUAAUUCCAAUGAUGCAUGUACAUAAUUAAAACAGGAAGGUGAAAUAAAGUAACAGAAUUUGCCAUUUUGAGCCAGUGUACUGCAACUUCAUCAAUAAACUAAAAUUUCCAAGAAAGCUGUUGUUAAGCUAAGGAAUCUUUGGAAAAGAAAGUGAAAAUAUUUUCUUAUAAAACCAUUUGAUGUACGAUUUAAGUUUGCAGCUGCAGGACUUGCACAAAAACUAGACAGUUGUUACUGUUAAUUAAUUCACCCCUAGACAUCACACCCAUGAGCCAAAAGCACAAUGCUGAAUGUUACCUUCACCUCCCGAUACACCUGGACUGGUAGAGGAGCACAGAAGACUAACAAGCAACAAGAAGAAAAUGGAUGUCGUAUGACUUCAGAGACAAUGCUAACUCAAAUUGAAUGAUGGCAGAAGUUUACUACGAGCAGAUACUGUGAAUUGCCCAUCAGUGUUACAACCACUCGAUUAGCAGACGAAUGCCGAACUGGGCACAGCUAUUUCCGAUCUCUGCUGUUCCUCUCUUUUUAAUGAAUAACAUGUGACCAUUAACAAUAGUAACUCCUAUUAUUUAUUGUUCAUUUUGUCUUUCCUAAGGAAAUGACUGUCCUACAAAUAACUUUCUGAGCAGCUCUAUGGACAAAAGAAAUAAAACAAAGACAAUGGACUUGAUUCCUAUUUAACAUGAUACUGCUAACUGGAGUAGUUGAGUACUUUUAUUAUAAUUAUUUUUUUUCCAAUAAAUUGGCAGAGGAAAUAAUUGUGAGCUGGCAUUCUGAAAUUUGUGUUUGGAUUAUCUUUUAAUGUUACUUACUCUUCAUUGCCAUUCCUUCUUGGUCCAUCAUCUUUUUUUUCCUAUAAAUUCAUUUUUCUUUGUAUUUCCUAUUUCUUUUGGCACAGAGAAUGAGCAUGUGACAUGUUAAAUAGGACAAUGUUACCGAUCCACCCUUCUCUGAAAGGAUCCAUGGGGGAAUAUUUAUUUUUCAUAUGAAAAAUGUACUGGCUGGGCCUUUGGGAAUUUUUUGUUUUGUUGUUGUUUUUUUUUUUAUAUACAAAAAAAAGCUCUCUUAAACCUUCUGAGUGCCAAUACUUUACCACUCACCCAUCCACAGCACUCAAAGGAUUAAUGCAUUGCUCACUCUAUCAGAAAAAUGAAUUUGUUAGGUCUCUUUUUUAACCUCUACGUAUAGCAUUGCUGUCAAAGUGUCUUUGUCAGUGGUGAAUAUUAUUUUAUUUUUAUGAAAGAGCUAGUUUGCUCCAUGCCAUCCUCCUUUGCAUUGCAUGUGAUUCAGCGAAGAGAUCCACCGAUGAUGUGAACUAAGUGAUAUGCCAGCUUUGAAACCAUGCAUAGAAACUAUGAUCUUAUCUCACAGGUUCUUCAAGGGACUUUUUAUCUGUGAAUAAUCUUUCUUCCACAUGUAAAUUUGUGCCUUACACCCUCAGUUGUGUGUACUUGUGAGUUGUAGUACCUAUAACUUUUUCCUUCAAAUAGUUGUAGAUAUUUAUUUACCCAUGCAGUCCUUCUUCCCGUCAGUGCUGGCAGGUUCUGCUGGGUAUUACGGAUGUUAGACCACAUCAGUUUGGAGAAGAAUGUAGCGGUAACACAUAACUCCACAAUUUCUUUCAAAAAAUAUUGGCUGUACUGCACCCUGUAAUUCAUUUAAUUAUUCUGGAUGUGCCAAUUCUAUCCUCGAACAACCCUUGUAUCAUGCUGGCAGUACGUGUACACUGUUGUGGGUGGUAUUUUCCUUUCCCAACUUUCCCUUUUUUUCUGUAUCAUAUCAUUUCAGUAUGGUGAUACUUAUUCAUCAAAUAAUAUACUGUCUUCACGGCUAGUGUGCACACUCGACAAAAUGCGGAAUGUGAUUGGCUGGAUUCCGUACAAAAAAUUCCAAACCACUCCACAGUUUGUAUGUACAGUCUAAAAUAAAAAUAGAUAGUUUAAGGCAGGCUGGUUCCUGCUGUCAUUAAAUACAGUUAUAACGUGAAAAAUCAGAAG